AUGGAGGGCAACAAAGAUGAAGCAGCCCGGUGUGUUGAACUUGCGAAGCAAGCCAUGCUUGCAGGGGACUUUGCAAAGGCGCAGCGCCUGCUGGGCAAGGCGCGCCGCAUGUUUCCUCUGGCGGAGAUAGAGCCUCUUGCUGCUGCUUGUCUGCACAAGCUGAACCCUUCAGCAGCAGCAGCAGCAGCAGCAGCAGCAGGAACUGCUGCUCCGACAGCAGCGAGCUCGAGAGGGGCCUCGGAGCCCGCUGCUGCAGCAAGCAGCAGCAGCAACAGCAGCAGCAGCAGCAGCAGCAGCAAGGAACCCUUCAAGGGCCAGCGGCGGGGCUCUCGGCAGCACGUGCCGCACUCCUCUGAGGGGCCGCAGCGCAGCGCAGCAGCAGCAGCAGCAGGAGCAGCAGCAGCAGCAGCAGCAGCAGCAGGGACGGGCCCCACGCUGCGCCGCGGCCGCAGCGGCGCUGCUGCAGCGCCAGCAGCAGCAGCAGCAGCAGCAGCACAUACACCUGAACAAGCCAAACUCUGCGAAAUCAUUUUGGAAGAAAAAUGUUUUUAUAAAGUCCUGGGAGUUCCGUCAGAUGCAUCUGAAGAAGCAAUUAAGAAGGCCUACAGAAAGUUGGCGCUGAUGCUGCAUCCCGACAAGAACAAAGCGCCGAAGGCGGAAGACGCAUUCAAGAAGGUGGGGUUUUAG